AUGGAUCCUAGCGCCGCCUUCUCCAGCUUUCCGACACAAGAGCGGGGCAUCCUACUCGCCAACACGUACAAGCCCCUCUACCUUCACGCCGCCGAGGUGCAGGUGAGUCUCUCGGGCUACGCCGCGCAGGUGAUCCUCUCGCUCGAGUAUGUGAACGAGACCAACAAGGUGGUGCAGGUAAUUGCCGCCUACCCGGCACCACCAUCGUAUCAGCUGCAAAGCACAAUGUUGCAGGGCCCUGCGCGAGAAAUCAGCGCACACUCGUAUGAGCAAUCGCGUCCACUGCGUUCCGUCGAGGCAGGAAGUGCGCUGCGCGCCAAGCCACUCGCAGACACGGGUGUCUCCGCCGUAGCCACACAGUACGUGCCGUGGGACGUCAAUCCUGGCGAGUCUGUCUUGAUGAAGGCCGUCUACCACGUCUCCAUCUCGGCGACACAUCGCACCGGCGAGAUCGUGUUCACACUGCCUGCCUCGCUGAUCCCGGCGGUGCAACGGCUGCCUGAUGUGCAACGAGCGUACAUAAAAUUCCUUGACGCGCGCAGUCGGCUGCGACACCUCACCCAGCAAGAAGGCUCCCUGUGUCUCUGCGUGGACGCGCAGCUGUUCGUGCCACUCCGAGGCCUAGUGACGCUCGAGAAGGGGACCGAGGCCCUGCCGGAGAUGUGCGGCACCGGCACCGGUGUAAACGUCUACUACAUGGGCGACGCGUGCUUUCAGCUGACGUACCGAGGGGACCUUCCGACGAAGGCGUACAUGCAGAUGCCGCUUUGCAUGCGGGCACCUGUUACAGAGACAUCAGAGCCGCUGCGCCUGCAUACCACUGUCGCGUUGCCCCCGCCUAACCCUGCGCCGAGCGACCCCACUCCCGGGAUCGCCGCGGCGAUGGUAGUUAGCAUUGCCCCCUCCCUCGCUAACUUCCCCAUCAAUGCGGAGAUCAUGUUUGUGGUGGACGUGCACAGCACCGCUCUUGGCGCCAAAGCGGCAGAGUCGGUCAUGUCAGCGAUUGGAUCGCUGGAUGGUACGGCGUGUCUCGUCAAUGUAAUCCUGUGCCGCGACGCCCACCGCGGUGGGACGGUGUCACUGUUGCCAGAUGGAUCUGUGCAGCCCUCCGCGGUGCCACACGAAUCUGUGCUGGCCUUCAUGAAAGAAGAGGGCGCGCAGACGUCGUGCUCGGCCUCCCCAAGGGACGCAGCCGCUCUCUCUCCCCACCUUCCCUCCAUCCUGCACGACAUCAUCACAGGGCGUGGUAUCACCACGAGCAUACCAGCUGGCUACGUCCGCAACAUCAUCAUCUUGUCGGAUGCUGGAAGUCAACCAGCCGACAAGGACGCCGUAGCCAUGGUGUACGAAGUAGCGAAUGCAGGUAGAGCGUGCAGAGUGCACUCAGUCGCCCUCGCGGCCACAGCGGACCGCGCGGUUCUUGAGGCGCUUGCUGAGGCCGCCGGUGGCUCCUUUGCCUCCGCAGCGGCUUCGAGCAGUGAAGUAGGUGAAAGCGCCAUAGACGAGGCCGUACGGGCUGCCGUCUCUGCCGCCGCUGUCCCGGGUAUGGUCGAUCUCCACACAGAAUGGGAAGUAACGGGCGGCGACGCCGCGGCGGCGUUGAGUGCUGCACCCGUAGCAGCGCCAUCGCCUUUACGCAUGGCCACCAACGCAGAUGGGAGCAGCAUCGCAUGCAUCCCUUACGGAACGCAGCGCCUGCUUUACGGUCUCCUCGACUCCGCGAACGUGCAGCUGGCAGUGCGCCUCUUUGGGCGGGUAGGGGAGAUGAGGUUGGAGUACACGGCCUCCGCCGAGAUCCAGUCGCCACUGCAGUCCGAUGCCACUGCCGCCGCGGACGAGAAAACCGGCACAGCGCCGUCGAUGUUAAUGACCGCUGCAGCGGCGGCUCGCAUUGCCUACCUCACGCACAUCCUCCACGCCGCCAGCGGGGAUGAGGCACACGAGGUCAUGGCCCUCUCCCAGCGCUACACGCUACCGUCACCCUACACAACUCUGACCGACGGAAACAGCGGGCCUGGUGGUGAGCACAAGAUGGGCGGCGUCGUGCGCCUGCCCUCGAGGCAGGCGGCGACACAGGUUGAACUCACCAUGCGCUCUCGCCGCGUUGAGCUGCAGGCGGCUGCCGCUCUUGGGGCAUCGCGCUCGGCGUGA